GUGCAGAGAUGAGGAGUUCAGGUGUAGUGAUGGAAUGAAAUGUAUACCUAAGAUCUGGAGGUGUGACUACUCGCCAGACUGUCUCGAUGCAUCAGAUGAACCACCAAAUUGUCCCGAAGCUCCGUGUGGGACGUUCCGGUGUAAUGUAACGGGGAAGUGUCUGCCCCAGGGUUGGGUGUGCGACGGCGAGGCUGACUGUGGUGCUGGCGACACCUCCGAUGAAGACAACCCUGCAUGUAAAAAGGGCAACACGUGCCCAUUAAAUUAUUUUAGAUGUAAAAAUGAUAUCAACUGUAUACUCUUAAAGCACCUCUGUGAUGACUCCAAGGACUGUCCUGACUCUAGUGAUGAAGGGGAUUUUUGUUAUGAUACUAGCUCGUGCCAGGCAUUAGAUUGCAAGUAUGGUUGUAAGCCUACAGAAAAGGGACCACAGUGUUUCUGUUCUGAGGGCCAACAGCCUAAUGGCACUUCUUGUGUUGAUGAAACACUUUAUAUCCCAACAUAUAGAACAACACAGUCACCAUUGCAAGAUGCUAAUGAGUGUCAGGUGGAGGGGUCAUGUGACCAGCUCUGUACCAACUUGGAGAAUGGCUUUGAGUGUGGAUGUACGGAAGGCUAUAAGUUAGAAGGAAAAUCCAACUGUAAAGCUGUGAACAGUCCUCCAGACCAACCAGCAACUCUUCUAUAUGCAAGCAACUCAGGGCUGGCCCGACUGUACCUGAAUGGCUCUGUUGUACCAGGAAAUACUCAUCUCAGUUCACAGUAUGCUGUUACUGUUGACUUUGACCACCGCAAUAACUCUAUAUGUUGGGUAAGUUCCAACAAUCCAUGGUCAGUCUUCCAAUGUGCUUCAACGGACAAUUUUGAUGAUGUAUGGACCAUACCACCGCCUACUCAGAAUGGCCUCCUAUAUGUCCAUGAUAUUGCCCGAGAUUGGGUAACUGGGAACUGGUACAUACUUGAUAGAAGAGAAAUGAUAUUCAUGUGUAAUGCAACUAUGAAAGUGUGCAUCACCCUGAUGGAUGUAGUGCUCAAUGAACCAAGAGGUAUUGCUCUUGACCCCAGCACAGGAUACAUGUUCUUCUCUAACUGGGGUACAACAGAACCUAAAUUGGAACGAGCGCUGAUGGACGGAAACCAGAGACAAGCAAUUGUGAUAACCAAAAUUGUAUACCCCUUUGGUGUUACUCUUGAUUACCCCAAUAAACAUGUAUAUUGGGUUGAUGGCUACCUGAGUCACGUUGAAAGGGUUGAUUACAGUGGGGAGAACCGACGAAUCAUUAUCAAGUUGAAAACGGAUGAAAGACCAUAUGGGAUUUCACUGUUUGAGAAUUUUCUAUAUGUGACGAGUUGGAAAGAUAACAGCAUAAAGCAGAUCAACAGGUUCAGUCGCCACUACAUCUCAACGUUCCACACAAACUUGACAGAGCCAAUGCAUGUCCAUGUCUUCCAUCGGCAAAGACAACCUCAUGUUGACCAUCCGUGUGGUAUCCAUAAUGGAGGGUGUCAGCACAUCUGUAUUCCUCUAUGGAAGGAUGGCCAGCCAGUAACUGCCUGUCAUUGUCAACCUGGACACAUACUUGGCCCUGGUGGCUCCUGUGUAGCACAUGAGCACGAAGCCUUCUUAAUCUAUGCAAAAGGUCGCCCAGGAAUGAUCAAGGGUGUGGCAUUAGAUGAAGUUGGGACAUCAGAAGUCAUGGUGCCCAUCACAUCCCUCACUCGACCAACAACUCUUGACUAUGAUGUUCGUUCACAGUUUAUAUACUAUGCUGAUAUUCAGAGAUUCGUGAUUGAGCGACAGAGUAUAGAUGGGAUAAAGAGGGAGCCAGUUGUAACGUCUGCGGUGUUGAAUGUAGAGGGUCUGGCUGUUGACUGGAUGGGGCGUAACAUCUACUGGACUGAUGAGGGCGUGUCGUCUAUAUUUGUUUGUUCAAUGAAGAACCCAGAGAAGCGUAAGAUGCUCCUUCAUGGAAACCUGACCAAUGCGAGAGCAAUAGUCUUGAACCCUGGUGAAGGCUAUAUGUACUGGACAGUGUGGCAUUUCAUUAUGGGAAGUGGCAUAGGUGGCGGCUUUGGCUUGAUAGAGCGAGCAUGGAUGGAUGGAACACAUAGAGAACCAUUUGUAACACAAGAUCUUCAGUGGCCCAAUGGAUUAACAAUUGACUUUAAGAAGCGGCAUUUGUACUGGUGUGAUGGAUUUUAUAAUAAGAUUGAAAGAAUUGGUCUAGAUGGGAGAAUUCGUAAGGUGAUGCUGAGUGGAGAUGUUUUAAGUCAUCCAUACGGCUUAGCUUACUAUAAUGGCUACAUCUAUUGGUCGGAGUUCCAGAAUGGUACAAUAAAGCGUGUGAACCUUGAUAGCGAGGAAACCCCCAAGGAACUGCGCAUGGAAAAUCCUUACAUCUUUGAUUUGAAAGUUUUCUCUAACACUAGUCAAAGUGAUACUAAUGCGUGCACUACUGGAGCCCUUCAGUGUAUUGACCUCUGUCUUGCUACACCUAAUGGCCCCAUCUGUGCUUGUGCCACUGGAUAUGAGCCAGACAUUCAGCAGACAAACCUGUGCAACCCUAUUACUAAUUUUACCCAGCCGAGCUUGUGUAGUGACGGUCAGUUCCAGUGUAAGAAGAACUUAAGGUGCAUUGAUGAACGAUACCUAUGUGAUGGGGACAAUGACUGUCUGGACAACAGCGAUGAGGACACAUUACCUGGAGGAAUUUGUGAGGCUGCUCAGUGUCAUAAAGACAUGUUUCAGUGUGGUAACAAUCAAUGCAUCGAUGCAUACUGGGUGUGUGACGGUGACCGUGACUGUGAAGAUGGAUCAGACGAGAGUCCUGACCAGUGCAAUCAUCCACUUUGUCCAUCUGAUAAGUUCCGGUGUCAGGAGUCUGGGCGGUGUAUUGCUCACUCUUGGGUGUGUGACAUUGACAAAGACUGUGGUCCUGGUGAUGAUUCAGAUGAACAUGCAGCAUGUGAAUAUCAAGAAUGUGAUAGAGAAGACUUUAAGUGUGGCAACAAGAGAUGUGUACCCACGUUCUAUGUAUGUGAUGGUGAUGAUGACUGCAGAGAUGGAACUGAUGAAAGGUCCUGUGACUUAUUUUGUGCUAAUGCCACUGCUACUGGCCUUCCAACCUCUCCACUCUGCAAUAAUAACUGUCUUAACAUUACACAGCAGGAAACCUGUCAAGAAACACAAGGAUGUACGCACUGUGGCACAAACAACACCUGUAUAGCAGUGUAUCAGCUGUGUGAUGGGGUAGAGGACUGUCCAGAUGGAAGUGAUGAAACUAGAUGUGAAGACAAGAUCUUGCAAGGGUGUAGCUCUGAUGAGUUCAUGUGUGUGAGGACAAGAGAGUGCAUUCCUCAAAGUUUGAAGUGUGAUGGAAGUGCUGAUUGCCUCGAUCAGUCAGAUGAACUGGAUUGUGAAUCGAUCAACUGUUCACACAGUGAAUGGAAAUGUGCUACUUUAAAGCAGUGCAUCCCAGACGUGUGGAGGUGUGAUGGGGAGGAGGACUGUAAUGAUGGAUCUGAUGAAAAGAUGUGUCCCAGCACCCCUAUAAAGUGUCCUGCUCCUGGUCAUAUAUGUGAUAAUAACACACUUUGCAUCCAGCCAGAAAAUCUUUGUGAUGAUCAGAAGCACUGCAAGGAUGGAUCAGAUGAGGGUGGUCGUUGUAAAUAUUUCGAGUGUGAACUGAUGGACUGUCAAAAGAAUUGCACCCAGGGUCCUGGUGGACCAGUGUGUACCUGUCCAAAAGGCCAGACUCUUUUACCAGAUGGCCGAUUGUGUUCCAGUCUCCAUCCCUGUGAACAGUGGGGAACAUGUUCUCAAGAAUGUGUCCCUACAAAGCAUUCACACAAAUGUGUCUGCAUCAAAGGCUACCAAAUAGAACAAGAUCACUUUACAUGUAAAAGCACUGAUUCAGCCAUACCAUACCUCAUAUUCAGCAACCGCCACGAGCUACGCAGCAUCAUGCUCAAGGAUGGCCUGGGAGUCAAAGCUCUCAUAUCUGCACUAAAGAAUACCAUUGCCCUUGACUUCUACCAUUCAGAUGAUGGUGAUGUAAUAUUCUGGACAGAUGUGGUGGAUGACAAAAUAUAUCGGGGCACCCUGUUGGCGGGAGCCUUGUCAAACAUUGAAGUGGUGGUACAGACUGGUCUUGCCACAGCAGAAGGAUUAGCUGUUGAUUGGUUAGCAGAAAAUCUGUACUGGGUGGAGAGCAACUUAGACCAGAUAGAAGUGGCUAAGCUGAACGGAUCUUACCGACGCACACUUGUUGCUGCUCAGAUGGAAAGUCCACGAGCCAUUUCACUCGACCCAAGGGUUGGGAUGAUGUUCUGGACUGACUGGGAGGAAGGAAAGUCUCGGAUAGAGUCAUGUAGUAUGUCUGGGGAAGGCAGGCGUAUAGUGAUCAUGGUGAGUGAGAUCAAUGGUGGUGGUGGCUGGCCUAAUGGACUAACCCUCGACUAUGCAUUACGUCGAAUCUACUGGAUUGAUGCCAAGUCUGACUCCAUCCACACUUCUUUCUAUGAUGGCUCAGACCAUAGGGAGAUUCUCCGAGAGCAUCACCUGUUGUCUCAUCCCUUUUCCAUCUCCUUGUUUGGAAACUAUGUUUACUGGACUGACUGGCGGACCAACUCUGUCAUUAGAGCCAACAAAUUCAAUGGGUCAGAUGUUCGUGACAUACAUCGCACAAUUACCCAACCAUUUGACAUCCAGGUUUUGCACCCAAGCCGUCAACCAAGAGAUGUUCCAAAUCCUUGUAAAGAAGACAACGGAGGUUGUUCUCACUUGUGUCUGCUGAGUUUCAAUGGCACUCAUCAGUGCAACUGUCCUCACAUUAUGAGUCUUGGUUCAGACAACAAGACUUGUAUCCGUAAUGCAAAGGUUUUGUUGUUUUCCCGUCCUAAUGAGAUUCGGGGUGUUGAUCUCAACAAACCAAGUCAUGACAUCAUUCCUCGUAUAUCACUCCCAAAAGUCCAACAUGCUUCACAAUUAGACUUUGAGGCAAAAAGUAAAAAGAUCUACUGGGCUGACUUAAAUUUGAAUGAGGUGAAGAGAGCAAGUCUAACUGGGGCUCCCAUAGAAACUGUUAUGGAUACUGCUCUUCAGGCUCCAAGAGGCUUUGCAAUUGACUGGCUCUCAAAAAACCUCUUUGUUACAUCAAAUGCGGAUAAGAGUAAGCAGAUUAAUGUGGCAACAAUAAAUGGAGAGUUCAUGAUACCAAUCAUUACUGAAAACAUAUUAGACCCCUUAUCUCUAGCAGUAGAUCCUUAUGGAGGAAGAAUAUUCUGGUCAGAUAUAGGUGGUAAAUACCAUACUGUACAUAUGGCUUCAAUGACUGGCAGCAAUGUGACUUUAUUGUCUUCUCAGGAGCACAAUGUGUAUCUACACCAUCCUCGGAGCCUUGCAUUUGAUGCUUCUAGUCAGCGUCUCUACUGGGUCAACCUUGGCUCUGAUUCUAUACAAUAUUAUGAUAUGCUAAAUGAUAAUUCACUUCACCUACUAGAAACAGGAAACUCUACCAAGCCUGAGGCACUGACAGUAUAUAUGAAUGAUGUGUAUUAUACUGAUGCUUCUGACAGUAGUAUUUAUAAGGUGGAUAAGAAUACUGGAAGUAAUCGGGAGUUAGUCCGCUCUGGUCUUCAAAAUUUUUUGUCCUUGAAAAUUUAUGAUGAAGCUAUUCAAGAUGGAAGCAAUGCCUGUUCUCAAGACAGUCCUCCUUGUGCACAUUUGUGCUUGCCUAAGAACAGGGUAGAGAGAGAGUGCCGCUGUGCUGUCGGUUAUAAAGUAGAUGAAGGGGAUCCUACAACAUGUGUUGGAGUUGAUGGUGUUCUUAUAUUUUCCAACAAUGUAGGUCUUAGUGGCAUUGAUGUCAAUACACCAUUCACUGAAAGUGGAGAAUAUUUAGAAUUAUUAACACCAAUAUCAGAAAUUGGGACGGCUACACGGUUAGAUUUCCACGCCAGCCAAGACCUGCUGGUGUGGGCAGACGGAGACCGAGGAACCAUCACCAGUAUUCAAAGAGACGGCACAAAUCGACGUGUAAUAGUUGAAGGGGCCAAUACCAUCCAGGGCAUUGCUGUGGACUGGGUUGCAAAUAACCUGUACUGGACUAAUCCACAAGCAGAUGUGAUCGAGAUGUGUCGCCUGAAUGGUUCAGACCACUUUGUUAUUAUAGCAAGUGAUUUGGAGAAACCAGGAGCUAUUACAUUAUAUCCAGGUGGUGGUUACAUGUUCUGGGCAGACACCGGUAAUAAUGUCAGAAUUGAGAGAGCCACUCUAGAUGGAGCAAAUAGGACAGUGCUAGUGAACACAUCUCUUCAGUUUCCAUCAGAUUUAGUGGUUGACUUUGAAGAAGGUUACUUGUACUGGGUUGAUCAAAGAGCCAAAACUUUGGAAAGAGUAUACCUGGAUGGAUCUGAGAGAGAAAUGCUUUUGGACAGCAGCUCACUACAGUUACCUGUUGCUACUUUUGUCUUCAAUAACAACAUCUACUGGGCAGAUAUGGUAUCUGGUGGAGGCUCUGUGAGAAGUACCUCUAAAACGGAUUUAAGCAGAAUAUCAACCCUGAGAUCUGGUAUUGGAGACACUGUUAAAGAUAUUAUAAUAAUGAGUAAUGAUGUGCAGAUAGGCAUCAAUCCCUGUGCCAACAAUAAUGGAGGCUGUGCUGAAAUUUGUCUUUACAAUGGCAUACGUGCUCGUUGUCAGUGUUACCAUGCACGCGUCGCUAAAGAUGGCAAGGCUUGUGAAGAUUAUGAUGCAUUCCUAAUGUUCUCGAGCAUCACCGGCAUAGACAGCAUCCACAUGUUUGAUGAAAAUAACCCAAACACUCCUCUCAAGAAGAUAACUUCCGACUUCAUGAAAAAUGCCAUCAGCCUGACAUUUGAUUUUGUCAAUAAACGCCUCUACUACUCAGACAUCCAAAGGGGAAGCAUAAACACUGUUCAUUUCAAUGGAUCCAACCACGCCAUCCUAGUUGAAAGACAAGGAUCAGUAGAAGGUUUAGCAUUUGAGGAGAAGGAACGAGACCUGUACUGGACUUGUCAGAGUGAUGCGACCAUUAAUCGUAUGAGCGUUGACAUGACUCGAACACAAAGGGUAGAAAAGAUUGUCCACCUGGAUCCUUCUGAUAAACCCCGUGGCAUUGUUGUGGACAGCUGUGACCUCCAGAUAUAUUGGACUAACUGGAACUCCGAGGCUCCAUCCAUCCAGCGGUCUCUGGUGAGUGGCAUCCGAGUGGAAUCUAUCAUAACCACCCAGAUCAAGAUGCCUAAUGGUUUAGCCAUCGAUCAUAAGGCUCAGAAGUUGUACUGGGGGGAUGCCAGGCUAGACAAGAUUGAGAGGUGCAACCUGGAUGGGUCAGAGCGAUUGGUACUGCUAAAAAAUGUUCCAAGUCAUCCAUUUGAUUUGGCCAUUUAUGGGGACUACCUCUUCUGGACUGAUUGGGUGCUACAUGCAGUGGUGCGAGCUAACAAGCAUACCGCAGAGGACAUUGUUAAGUUACGCACCGGUGUCACACGCCUCAUGGGCAUCGUUGCUGUGGCUAAUGACACCAAUGCUUGUGAUGCAAGCCCAUGUCGGGUUCUGAAUGGAGGCUGUGAAGAUAUUUGCACCCUGGAUGAGUGGGCUCAGGUUAUUUGUCGCUGCUCUCCGGGCCGUAUGCUUCUGGGAGAUGGACGCCGUUGUGCUGUGCGUGUAGCCAACUGUACAUCAGAUCAGUUUGAAUGUAGCAGUGGCUUUUGUAUCCCCUAUAUUUAUUCUUGUGAUGGAGUACCUGAGUGUCCUGAUGGCUCUGAUGAGGAUGAAAAAUAUUGUGUAAGCCGCACCUGUCGAGAGGGCUACUUCACAUGUGGUAAUGGUCCCUGCGUACCUCAGGAAACUGUUUGUGACAGGAAUGCUAACUGCCCCAACUUCAAAGAUGAGAAUGACUGUGAAUGUAGGGAUGAUGAAAUCAGGUGUGAGACUUCUGGUCUCUGUAUUGCAUCUUAUCUCAAGUGUGACAAUGAUCCAGAUUGUCCUGAUGCAAGUGAUGAAAUGGGGUGUGAGAAGCCUGAUUGUACAGCUGUGGUAUGGGAUGGUUUCAACAGCUCAGAGCUGAUCAACUGUGUCAAUACUACCAACUGCAUUCAUCCAAAGUGGAUUUGUGAUGGUGCUAAUGAUUGUUGGGACAACUCAGAUGAGCAGAACUGCACCACAAUAACUGUACCAGUGGAAACCUCCUUGUGUCCAUCUGGCACUCACCAGUGUCGCAAUGGACGGUGCAUAGCCACUUCGUUCAUAUGUGACGGUGACAAUGACUGUAAAGAUGGCAACAUCACAACACCAUCAAGCGAUGAAGCUUCAUGCAACUACACCUGCCCUUCUGAUCAGUUUACAUGUGCUGAUGGAAACUGUAUUCCUAGCAUUUGGCUUUGUGAUGCCCACAAAGACUGUAUUGAUGGAUCAGAUGAACCAGACAACUGUGAAACCAAAAAAUGUGAAGAUGAUCAAUUUAAAUGCAAUACUACUGGACGUUGCAUCCCUCAGAAGUGGGUGUGUGAUGGUGACAAUGACUGUGGUGAGGGAGCAGCAGAUGAGAACCCCCCAGAUGGUUGCCCUCUGCCUGUUGGCAUAUCAUGUCCACCGGGACAGUUUAUAUGUCCAUUAUUUAACCAGUAUGAGCAUCGCUGCCUUCCUGCGGAGUACCAUUGUGAUGGGCAUGAAGACUGCUGGGAUGGUAGUGAUGAACCUGAAUCCUGUCCACCUCUUGUGUGUCUAGAUUCCCAGUUUAAAUGCAAUACUGGCCAGUGCAUUCCUUCUGUUUGGGUUUGCAAUGGAAGAAUUGACUGCAGUGACUCUUCAGAUGAAGCCAAUUGCACUGCUAAUGUAACGACGCUAGGAGAUGGAGGAUGUCCAGAAGGAAAAUUCAGUUGCAACAAUGGCCUGUGUGUGGACUUUAGCAGACUGUGCAACUUCCAGAAUGACUGUGGAGACUUCUCAGAUGAACACCUCUGUAACAUCAAUGAGUGUAAUCAGACUCGUGCAGUCUGUGCUCAUAAAUGUAUUGAUAAGAAAAUUGGUUAUGCUUGUGAAUGCAACGAAGGCUUUGCCAUUGAUCCAAAAGACUCCAAAUUGUGUGAGGAUAUUAAUGAGUGUGCAGACUUUCCGUGCCCACACAUCUGUCACAAUACUUUGGGCUCCUACAAGUGUAUCUGUGCCACUGGUUACAUAUCAGAGCAAGAUGGCCACAAGUGCAGAGCAAACUCCACGGUGAAACCCAAACUCAUAUUCACCAAUCGCUAUUACAUUCGUGAAAUAAAUAUUGAUGGAACAAACAGUAGACUGCUGGUUGCCAACUUGACCAAUGCUGUUGGCCUUGACUAUGAUUUUGUGGAGAACUGCAUCUAUUGGUCAGAUGUGACUCACCUCUCAUCAUCAGUGAAGAAGAUGUGUAACAACAGCCAACCCAUUGUACUACAUUCAGCUGCCCAGAGUCCUGAUGGAAUUGCUCUGGACUGGGUUGGACGUAACUUGUACUGGUGUGACAAGGGCAAAGACACCAUUGAGGUGUGCAAGUUAGAUGGCCAGUACAGGAAGGUUCUCAUUGAUAAAGGCCUGCAAGAUCCAAGAGCUAUUGUUCUUGACCCAUUCCAUGGUAAUAUGUUCUGGACAGAUUGGGGAAACCAACCCCAUAUUGGUAAGGCCGGAAUGGAUGGUUCACAUCAACGGAUCAUUGUUAAUUCUUCUCUGGGUUGGCCUAAUGCUCUCACCAUCUCGUAUGCAACCAAUGAACUUUUUUGGGCUGACGCUCACCAGGACUAUAUUGCCCAUUCAGAUCUUGAAGGGAAGAACAUCAGGAUCAUUAGUGAUAGAGACACAGCACCCAAACAUGUGCAGCACAUCUUCGCCAUCACUGUCUUUGAAGACUAUUUGUACUGGACCGACUGGGAGCUGAAGAGUGUCUUGCGAUCAAAAAAGUACUCUGGCAAGGACACCCAAAAUAUAUAUAAUGCUGUUCACAGUCCAAUGGACAUCCAUAUUUACCAUCCCUUCAGACAACAACCGUUGGCAAACAACCCUUGUGAAAACAAUGGAGGAUGUGACACCAUGUGUCUUCUGGCCCCUGAUGGUGGCAAGACUUGCACAUGCCCUGAGAACUUCCUCCUGAGUGAAGAUGGUGUGUCCUGUCAUAGUAACUGCCUCAACUCUAUGUUUGUUUGCGAAUCUACUUACAAGUGCAUUCCAUUUUGGUGGAAGUGUGACACCCAGGAUGACUGUGGUGACAAGUCUGAUGAACCGCCUGAUUGCCGAGAGUACACUUGCACACCCGGCCAGUUCCAGUGUAAUAAUACUAACUGCAUACAUCCCUCACUUAUCUGUGACAACCAAGAUCACUGCAAGGAUGGCUCUGAUGAACCAAAUUGUGAUGAGUACCACUGUGUGCUGUCACAGUUUAAGUGUCCAGCAUACAAUGGUUCACGUGCUUUUUGCAUCGCUGGCAGUCGCCAGUGUGACAGAACACCUGAUUGUCCUGGAGGAUUUGAUGAACAGGAUUGCCCACCACCAUCCUGCUCAGCUGAUUGGUUUUCAUGCAAUAACACAAAGUGUAUACCCAAGGUGUGGGUGUGUGAUGGUGAGCAGGACUGUCCUGAUAAUUCUGAUGAAAUGGCUGAGUGUAGCACCCGCCUGUGCCCUCAGGAAAACUUCAGGUGUAACAAUGGCCGGUGUAUCCCCCGCUCCUGGAAGUGUGAUGGGGAAUUUGAUUGUCCAGGAAGGGAGGACGAAGGGGAUGACUGCUACCAGACGCACUCUUGUGAUGUGUCACAGUUCAAGUGUGAUAAUAUGAAGUGUAUCCCUGUACGGUGGAAAUGUGACGGUGAAAAUGAUUGCUUGGAUGGAUCAGAUGAAGAAGGUUGUCCUGUAAGAAACUGCAGUGAAAGCGAGUUUCGUUGUGAUGAUGGCAGAUGCAUUGCCAAGAAGUAUCACUGUGAUGGCUCUCCUAACUGUGCAGAUAGCAGCGACGAGACCAAGUGUGAUGUGAACUGUGAGAAUAUGUUUAAGUGUGAAACACCCCCACACUGUAUAUUGAAAGACUGGGUGUGUGAUAAAGACCCAGACUGCAGUGAUGAAUCAGAUGAACGGAACUGCAGCUCAACGUGUGCCCCAGAAUCCACCCGAUGUAAUGACGGAGGAUGUGUGUACAACGCCUGGAUGUGCGACGGUGAAAAUGACUGCAAUGAUGGUAGUGAUGAGAGCAAGGAGUUUUGUGCCAAUCAUUCUUGUGCUGGAGGCAGAUUCAGGUGCAAAAAUGAUAAGUGUAUACUGGAUGGCUAUGUGUGUGAUGGUGAGGACCAGUGUGGAGAUGGCUCAGAUGAAUCCCCUGAACUGUGUCAGAUGAAAAAAGUGUGUAAGCAAGAUUUGUUUCAAUGCAAGAAUGGACGCUGCAUUGACAAGGUUAAUGUAUGUGACAGCUUCGAUGAUUGUAUAGACAACAGUGACGAACAGAAUUGUCCUAUGGGUUGCAGAUUUGGAGAAUGUUCACAAAUAUGUAAUGUAAAAAAAGAUGGGAACCACACCUGUUCCUGUUCUCCAGGAUACUCCCUUCAGAGUUACUCACAGAAGAAUCAGAAGUCAUGUUUUGCUGAUGGUAACUUGGCAUACAUGGUGCUGGCCAAUUACAACCACUUAAGGAAACUUUCUCCUUAUAAACAUGGAAACUCUGCUAGUAUUCUCACCUUAACUGAGGAAGAUUCUAAAACAAUGAGGAUCAACAGUGUGGAUGUGUUGUAUGGUAAAAACCCCAGGGCCUUCUGGACAAACUUACAUGACAAUACCUUAGUUUCUAUGCCAGUGCCAACCACACACGAGCAGGAUAGUUCCCGUGUCCGCAGGGAGGCAGUACCUGUGACCAUUGUUCUCAAGGAUUUAAAGAAGCCACGAGGGGUGGCUGUUGACUGGGUGACAGAACUGGUGUAUGUUAUAAAUGGAGGAGAAAGGACCAUCAUGGCAGUGUCUGUGGAUGGAUCAAAGAAAGUUACCCUCAUAUCUACAGACAUAGACCAAAUUCAGGAUAUUGUGGUUGACCCAAAGUCUGGUCAGAUGUUUUGGAGUGAGUGGGGAUUCACUCCAGCCAUUAAUGUUGCUGCCAUGGAUGGGCACGACAGAAAGCGUUUGUUGGAUCGCAACAUACUAGAACCAUUGGGGCUGGCCAUUGACUACACAACAAGAAGACUGUACUGGGCAGAUGUCAAGACCCAUACAAUUGAAACUGUUAAGCUAGAUGGAUCAGACAGGCAACCUGUGAAGCACUUUGAAACUGGUGAAGGUACACCCAGCAGCUUGGACGUUUUUGAGGACAUGGUAUAUUUCAUCACUCAUGAUACGAGAUCAGUUUAUCGCAUGAACAAGUUUGGCUUUCGUAAUCAUGAGAUUUCUCGCAUUUCUCAACACCCAAUGAAGAUAUCAGAUGUUCUCAUAAUUCAGGAGCAGAAACAAGACAGGACAUUAUACAACCCAUGUGCCAGCAGCCCCUGUGAUCCAGAUGCGAUGUGCCUUAUUUCUGGACCUAAGAACUACUCUUGCAUUUGUCCUGAUGGAAUGACAGAAGAUAGUUUGGGAGGUGUGAAGAAAUGUCAUAUUCAGCCAGCAAAGACAAGCCAGUGCCCCUUGUUUUGCAAUAAGGGAGUCUGUGAACAAACACGUAAAGGUCCUCGCUGCAAGUGUGAUCCUUUAUACCAGGGCCUGCAUUGUGAAAAAUAUAGAUGUUCUGGCUAUUGCAAAAACGAUGGUUAUUGUAGUCCAGUUAAUGAAAAUGGGCAGGAAUUGCCCCAACUGCGAUGCUAUUGUACACAUGAAUGGACGGGAGAGCGUUGUGAAUCUCCUGUAAAGACGUGUCAAAACUUCUGCCAGAAUGGUGGUGAGUGCCAUCUAACCCCUGAGAGCAUCCCCUACUGCACUUGUAAUAACAAGUUCACUGGUGAGCGUUGUGAGCAGUGUAAAGAAUUGCACUGUGAAAAUGGUGGAACUUGUCGCUCGGGAGUACACAAUGGCAACUCAUAUCUUUCUUGUUCCUGCGCUGGAGGUUUUCAUGGUUCAACCUGUAGCUACUCUGUGUGUACUAGUUACUGCAAGCAUGGAACAUGCAGCAUACUACAAGACAGACCUCAUUGUACAUGCAAUAUUGGUUGGUCUGGGAAAAUGUGUGAUAAUUGUACUGACAGGGCAGUGUGUGAAGAUCUGUGUGGAAAUUUUGAGUGUGAGAAUGAGGGGAAAUGCACCAUCUUUCCUGGACCUCCUCGACAGGCCCGCUGUUCCUGUGCUCCGGGGUACCAUGGUACACACUGUGAGAUGUCCGUUUGUCAGGACUACUGCCACCAUGGUUAUUGUGAGAUACGGAUGGGAGUCCCAAUUUGUGAGUGUGAUAGAGGAUGGACCUCAAGCCGGUGUGAUAUUCCCAGCUGCCAGAAAGGAGAUCCAAAUUGUGGCUGUCCUAAGGGUUAUCAUGGGCAUAACUGUGAGCACAGGGUGUGUGACAACUACUGCGUAAAAGGAAGUUGUCAUUUGGACGGAGAAGCUCCUAUCUGCAAGUGUCCUCCAGGCUACACUGGUGAGAGAUGCGAUCACUAUAAAUGUGACCACUAUUGUCAUCGCGGAUCUUGUCGUAUUACUGCUGAUGAAGCUGUAUGUGACUGUGAGGAUGGCUACACUGGUCCACACUGUACUGUACCCAUCUCUACUUCUGGAGUGUGUUCUCCUAAUUAUUGUGAAAAUGGUGGAUCAUGUGUCAUGUUAAAUGGCAGGGAACGGUGCAAAUGUUCUUUGGAGUACACAGGUGACAGAUGUCAGACGCAUUCCAGGGCUGAUGAUAACCUGUGUGCUAACAUAAACUGCCUGCACGAUGGAAUCUGUCAGAUGAGCUUUGGUAGAGCAACUUGUCUCUGUAGUCAAGAGUGGACGGGAGAGAAUUGUGGACUACGGGUCGGCUGCGAUGAGGAGUGGUGCUUAAAUGGUGGUAUUUGCAGUAUUGAUCCUGACCACAAUGUACAACCUAUUUGCAAAUGCCGUGAAGGAUACAGUGGCCCACGUUGUGAGUCACCAGAGACACUCAUGGCAGAUAAAGUGGAAAAUUCGUCACCAAACGCUGCCACUGUCAUCAUAGGUGUCUUUGUUGCUAUUGUAGUGUUGGUUGUAGCAGUCGUCGUAGCCUGGGUGUGGCAGCGUCAACGAGGGAAGGGCAUUAGCCAUGUACGUCUGGAGGAAAAUGGUGGAACGGUAGAGAUGACCAACCCCGUGUACAUGCAUGCCUCUGAUGACCAGGAGGAUGACCCUAACCCUGUCUUCACCCUUCAUGACUCGCCAAACACCUUCAAAAACCCAGUAUACGACAGCCUUUACAGCGAAGAAGCUGCAGCGUCCACCUUACAGGAGGAGAAGACUGGUUUGCUACUAUCGGACCCUCUGGGCGCCCUAGACACAAACCUGCCCACUGGGUCCAAGUCUUAACGCCGGCUCUUCCACCCAACCUUCAUCUUCCACAAAAUCAUAAUACAGCAACUUACAUGGAUAUUUAAAUAAUGAAAAGACUUUAUUGUUGAUGCAAAUUGUCAUUUAUUGAAAUGAAAAUGAACAAUUAAGACACUAUGAUGCCUGAAAAUGGUGAUUUAUAGUUCUAGCUACCUGUCUUAAGUAAAAAAAAAAAUCUUCCUAUAUGUCUGUCUCACUUCAUGCCCUCAGGUAACUCCCCUUAAAGGAGUGGCCACAGUGACAAUCCUCCCCCAACAUAUCAGCCACUGACUGUUACCCUCUCUUCCAAGUGUUCAAGAUUAUAGCAAUGUAUAGAUAAUAGUUAAAAUUUUUACAUGCUGGUCUUGCCAUCACCAAAAGCAACUGCCCUUCAUGUAAAUGGAAAACAGGAGCACUUGGAAAGGAUGAAGCUUAUUGUCAGCUUACAUUCAAAAUGAGAAGAUAUGAAAAGAAGAGAAGAUGGAAAGGUUCAGUUAUGGAAACUAUCGUUGUAAUAAUAGUGUUCAUAAAAAGGAAAAUUUGGAGUUCAAUAGUGUGGCUGAGUGAGUAUGACCGAAAAGAAAAUACAAGUAACAGUAAAGGCUUAUUGUGGACUCUAUCCAAGUCAGUCCUUUCAUGGGCAACCUGAGGCUAAUGAGUCCUUCACUUACUCUAGGACUAUUUUCAGAUACCUAUAAUCUCUUCACAGAUGUAUCAAGUACCAUCCAUAUAUAUUUGUGUGAUAGUGACUCCUGCCAGUGCAUCAGAUCUCUAUUUUUCUUCAUCUUCUUCUUUUCAUGUCUUUUGGCAAUUGAUCAUUUUUCUUGUCACCUUUAAUAAUACCUCCUGAAAUAUUUCAUUUUGAUUAGGUUUCAUGAUGACAAGGGACAAUAAGUCAAUUGCAUUAAGUCAAAUACAGCUCUUGUAUGAGGUGUGAGGGAGAUUUUUAAUUAAAGCAGUAAAUGUCUUGCAGUGAAAAGUAUUUGAAGUUAGUUUUAUGAUUGGUGGUGCAAACAUUAGUCAGAAUAUGUACAGGAAAAUAUUUGCGACAAGGUAGUUGAUUACUGCUUUUUCUUUAAUUUAUUUAAUUUUAAUAGAUUGUAAAAAUAUUUUCAAAUGCACAAAGUUUUAUUAAGAACUGUAUGAUACAGUACAUGUUAGAGACUUACAUCUUGAUUUGUCGAGGUGUAGUAAACUAUUAUGUCUCAUACCCAGACGACUGUGACCAGUAACUUGUAUGUGUGGUACAUUUUUGGUCAGGAAGAAGGUGAGGACACUUGUAUACUCCACUUAUUUUUCAUAAGAAGAGUAGCAAUAUUCCUUCUUGUCUAUAAAUACAGUUUGUAUAAAGUUAUUCUUUGUUUAAGAUAAUUUUUCAUCUUUUGGAUUUCAUAAUUUUGAUAGUUUGCAUCACAUAUAAGUGAAGCAUUGUAGACAUUUGAUUAAGGACCUUCUUCAAAGUUAUGGAGUUAUUAGUGCCCCUCAGUUCAUGACCAUUGAGGUGCAGGGAAAGUAAGUGUGACAAUAACUGGCCAUUUGAUACGUCAGGGCAGGUCUGGCUAUGCAUAACGGGCAAAAAGGUUUCUCAGUGUAUCAAUCAUUCAGAAUUGGUAUUCAUGGAGCUGGCUGAUGUAGCUGGCAAUAUUAAUAGUUGUCCUGAUAUAGUCAUACAAGACCUUUUUUUAUUGAUGACACAAAUUCCCAGAAUUUAUAAAAUAUUAAUUUUGUUGCAGAAGGAUGACCAUGUACGGUGUAUUGGUACUCAACAUAUGCAAUUAUGCAUACCUGGUAACUUCAGUAUUUUUUAAAUGUUCAGAAGUUUGUAGUUCAGCAAGAGAAUUACCAUUGGUGAUGAUACUCUGUUAUUACCAAUUCAGUUAAAAGUUUGAUAACAUCGUGUGAAUAUUGUAGUCAAUUUAUUGAUGAUGAUAUAAUUAAUAACUUGUUCAUUAUGUCAAGUCAGGCAUUUUUAGUAAAGAUUGUUAUUUUCCAAAGACCACUUCAGUAACUUUGUUUUUCUCAACUAGAGUUCCUGUUACAAUUAACAGAAAAGUACAUUUUCUGCUCCAGAGCAUGUUAUUGGGUUUGUCUCUCUAUUGCUCAUGUUGUUAGUAUCACUUUUGUAUGGGGUGGACCAUGGGGUACAGGAACUCAAAGUAAGGAGAUAAAUGUUGUGUGAGAGUUAUGUAAGACAAGUAUAGAGGGGUAGAAAAGGUCUAAGGCAACAA